AACAGGUGGAGCGCUAGUCUCCCUCAACAGUGGCCAACUCCAAGUCCCAGGCGCUCACCAGUGGGAAGUUGUGCAUGGUGGGCAAAUGGGUUUAACAGUAUUUAUGUUAGCUGACUGCCUUAUCAGGGGAGACGAUAUGGAGAAUAUUGAUCGAACAUAUUAAUCCCCGAGGCAUGCCUGUUCCCAGGUGAGAUGGAUGAGAUCAAUGCUGUGUGCGCGCCUACGGUGGUCUUUGUGGAGGAUGUAAGUAACAAUCCUGUCGUCGCGGAACGGAAAAAGAAGAGCUUGCGUGAGGAGUCACUGAAACCAGUGCCAUGUUUAAUAGGGUCUAUAAGUGAACUUAACCAGCGGAUGGCCUCAAUCGACUACGUUGGACUGAACCAGGAUUUGGGUUUAAAGUGGCGAAGUGCUGCAAAGCAGGCCUCCAGACAGGCCUCCAAAACAGGCCUUCAUGGCACAAAACCAGUAGCAGACAGCAAGCCUAUUCCAGCUGCCACAGUCAGUGAGAAGCGUGAGGGUGGAAUGCCGAGGCUGGUGGAGCUGUAUCAGUUCCCGGGGUAUGACCCUGACCUGCCCAUGCCCCUGCCCCACAGCACAUCCUUCUCCACAGUUGUGGCUCACGUAGUGCGGGCACAGCCCCGACUGGACCGCAAGCCCAAGUACAAAGCCACAUUCCAGAGCAUGCUGUCAUCAGCUGUGAUGGAGGAGUUUGUCAAGGAUAUGUUUUAUUGGCUGUUUCUUCAAAACUUUCAGCCAGAUGGACGUGUACAGGACUCCCUGUUCUCUAGAGUUGCAGACAGUUACAUCAGAAUCCUGACCCAUGAUCAGUCAUCAUCACGCACUGGCGAUGUUUUUCUCCGGGACUUCCCCAACAUCCUGAGUCAGUCCCUAUACAGCUGCUUCUGCUGCUGCUUCCCGCAGUCCUGCAGCACCAUUCGCAACGGCAGCUUCCUGCAUACUAUGUGCUCUACCGCCUACCAGUGGACAGGAGGGAUUUACCCCUCUCCUAAUGUCUAUAUGAAAUGGGACUUUGAGGCCCUGGAGCCUGAUGACGUGACCACUGCAGAGUUCACCGCUGAAAAUGAGGGUGGAAAGGAAAAGGAGAGUGUGUCCACCAUUGGAUCUCUUAUGGACUGCACAUUUCUGGCUAUUGACAACGACAAACGGCCCAGUCUGGGUAGGAGGUCAACGAAAGUUGCAGCGGAACUAGGCCCCACAAGCUCUGAGAGAACACUCUGUGAUGAACAGACCCCUGACACUUCCCCUGAGAAAGAGGAGGAGAGUGGCCCAGAGGACAUGAAAGGCUCCGACCAGAAGGCUGCCCCAGACCAGAGCAGUACGAAGGAGUCGCAGACUGACUGGUAUGAGCAGGAGUUUGAGCAGUGCGUGUUCAACAUGUGGGGCAAGAGCCCGCUGGUGCAGCACUUCCUGGAGAAGAUGGACCUGGAGCACAAUGUGGGCCAGGACAUACUGGUGCGCAGGACGCAGGUCAAGCACCCGCCACCGUCGGACAAGUUGACGUACCAUCAGGUGAAGCAGCAGUGCUGGGAGCGGUCGGCGGUACGCUGGCAUGACGUGAAGACCAUGAUGGCACGCUGCGACGAGGAGCUCGCCUUCCUGCAGCGGAAAAGGGCCGAAUUCCGAUACCUCAUGCUCAGGAAACAGCAGAGGAUUCUGUCUGAGCCAUGCAGUGUGAAGCAGUUCUGUCAGAAGCUCUUCUACCCGGAUGAAGGCACUGCUGAGGGUGAGACAGAGCGGAUCGCUGACAGCUCUUAGUGUCAAUAGGAGUAGCCUCGGUAGAGAGCGAGUGAGGGAGCUAACAACGGACAACAACAACAACGCACGACACAUCGCACAGCAAUUACUGACUCACUUCCUGUGAGCUCAUGUUCAAUCAGGACAGGAUGAUUCCAUCUGUGGCUGGAUUAAAAUACAUGCCAUGUUGGUCCA